AUGGGAAUCCAAAUCCCUCUCCGCAAGAAGGUAACCCUAAAUCCAAAUAGCAUGAUCCAAAGAGAUUGUGACGAAGAUCAGUGGACUCCAAUUAUCGUCGUCAUCAUAAUCCCUAACUUCACCCGUACGAUCUCCAAAGCCAUCAGCAGCAAUAACAAUUCAUUUGCGAUUUUCUUUGCAUUGCUUUAUCAAUUAUUGUUGAAGUUGGAUAGCUGGUUUCUCACUACGGUGAUAACGUUUGGAUUUGUUUAUCGGUUAGCGGAGACGAUGGAUAUGUACAUUGUUGUGUCUGUGGGGAGUUUAGUUCUGUUUGUUAUGUUGGUGAUUGAUCUUGUUAGGGUUUGGAAGAUUUGGAGACACGGUGGUGAGGAUGAAACUCCGUUGCCUGAGGAUCAGACGAUGGAUGCCGGAAAAUUUAACGGUUACUCUGUCUCGAUCUUGGAUAAAGUGUGA